UCGAUAGUAUCCCAGCUCUAUUGAAAACGUGCACCGGCUUUAUUUUUUAUUCCCGGUAAACAUAAGAUAUUCCUAGGGUUUAAUAGAGGAUAUCCAUAAGUUAAUGACUCCCAGCAAGAUUCCUCCGCUGACCUACAAGGUCGUGGCGGAGUGCUCCGUCUCCAAGGCCAGGGCGGGAUUAAUGACCCUCAGGCACAGUGAGGUGAAUACUCCCGUUUUCAUGCCCGUGGGCACUCAGGGAACCCUUAAGGGCAUCCUGCCGGACCAGCUCAUCGAACUCAACUGCCAAAUCCUGCUGGGAAACACCUAUCAUCUAGGAUUACGACCUGGAAUUGAAACCCUAAAGAAAGCCGGUGGCCUCCACAAGUUCAUGGGUUGGCCGAGGGCUAUCUUGACCGAUUCCGGUGGCUUCCAGAUGGUUUCCCUGCUGCAGCUGGCCGAGAUCGAUGAGCAUGGAGUGAAUUUCCGAUCACCCUUCGACAACAGCCAAUGUAUGUUGACACCAGAGCACUCGAUUCAAAUCCAGAAUGCCAUCGGUGCGGAUAUUAUGAUGCAGCUGGACGAUGUGGUCAAGACCACGACGACGGGUCCCCGCGUGGAGGAGGCCAUGGAGCGGACCAUUCGCUGGGUGGAUCGCUGUAUAGAGGCACAUGCCCGCGACGAUGAUCAGUCGCUGUUUCCCAUUGUCCAGGGAGGAUUGGAUGUGCCGCUGCGACAGCGUUGCGUAUCCGCUUUGAUGGAGCGACAGGUUCGGGGAUUUGCCGUGGGCGGAUUGAGUGGUGGCGAGAGCAAACACGACUUCUGGCGGAUGGUGGACGUGUGCACGGGUUACCUGCCCAAGGAUAAGCCGCGUUACUUGAUGGGCGUGGGCUUCGCAGCUGAUUUGGUGGUCUGUGUGGCCCUGGGUAUCGAUAUGUUCGACUGUGUCUUUCCCACCCGCACAGCUCGCUUUGGUUGCGCCUUGGUGGACAGUGGACAGCUGAACCUGAAGCAACCAAAGUACAAACUGGACAUGGAACCCAUCGACAGGGAUUGCGAGUGCAGCACCUGCAAGCGGUACACCCGCUCGUAUCUGCAUCACAUCGCCACCAAUGAGAGUGUCUCCUGCUCGCUGUUGAGCAUCCACAAUGUCGCCUAUCAACUGCGACUGAUGAGAAGCAUGCGGGAGGCAAUUCAGCGGGACGAGUUCCCUCAGUUUGUCCAGGACUUUAUGGCGAGACACUUUAAGGGAGAAGCCAUCCCGGCUUGGAUAAGAGAAGCUCUGGCAGCUGUGAAUAUCCAAUUGCCGGCGGAUCCGGAGGGGGAAAGUAAGGAGGAGCCAAAAAAAGAGAAGAGGCAGGAGGCGGAGGUUGUGACCGAGGAGCAGAUGGCCACCAGCUAACAUCAUGAAUGUUUGGACUAUCUAAAGUUCUGAUAACCUUAAAGAGGCAUUUGUGUUG